UGCAAGCGAAGUUGUCAAACGUUUAAUAAGGCCCUUAUACAACUCUGGUCGAAAUUUAACAGUUGAUAAUUGGUAUAUGGGAUUUGAAUUAUCUCAAGAUCUCCUAAAGAAGAAAAUUACGAUAGUAGGUACAAUGCGUAAAAAUGAGAGAGAAAUCCCACCUGAGUUUCUGGCAGAGAAAAGAGAAGUAUAUUCUUCAAUUUUCGGUUUUCAGAAAGAAGCAACACUUGUAUCUUAUGUGCCGAAAAAAAAUAAGAGUGUGAUCCUGUUAUCCACAAUGCAUUCCGGCGAUCAAAUCGAUGAAUCUACUGGGGAAUCUAAAAAGCCUGAAAUCAUUACAUUAUAUAACAUGACAAAAGGAGCAGUCGAUGUUGUAGAUGAGAUGGCAGCUGCGUAUUCUACAGCAAGAGUAGCACGUCGAUGGCCUAUGGUGAUUUUCUUUUCAGUGUUAAACGUGGCUGCCAUUAAUGCAAGAAUAAUUCUACUAUCAAAGAAGGAACCUACCAACGGAAUACCAUACCAGGCGUACUUUUCUCAAAGCCUUAGGGAUGCAGUUAAUAGAAAAUGUUCAAAAUGAACGACGACGAGCAUCUGUAGUUCCUGAUUCUAGACAAACACUGACCACCGAUGAACAUGUUAACAAUGAACCACC